GUUUAUAGAUUAUAAUUUGUCACGACCAAAACAAGUUUAUAUUUUUGGAUUAAUGAAGAGUUCAUGCUUUUUUUUAGCAAAAAUGUGUAAUUUUAGUAUUUAUAUGGUAAAAAUUAAUGUUGACUAAAGUUACACCUAAUUUAGCUUGGUCAACACAAGUUCAUAUAUUUUCUAGAUUAAUAAGGAAUCUAUAUUUUUUUGGCAAAAAUGUAUAAAUUCAUUAUUUAUUUGACUGUUUUUUUCCAAAGAAAAGUUACAGUUUAUAAUAAACAUAAUAUUGUAGUAGGACUCCACAAAGUUUAGUUCUGUUCAGUUAUUGAUUGUAUUUUGAUGGAAAAAAUCAAAUGGAAUUAGUUUCAAACUUACAUUUUAUAUCCUCCUCCUGUAUAAGAACCUCUCAAAUACAUCAUCAGUCCCAAAACUCUCUAUUUAACGCUUUUAUUUACAACUAUCUAGUAAGAGCUCUUUUGGUGUCACGAAGCUGCACAAACCACACUUAAAAGAAAAAUGGAAGCAACCACAAUUACCCAUGUGACGACCAAUAACCCUAAUAACACCAGCAUUCAUGGACCGGUCGUGGAAGAAGUGGAAGGCCUUAUUAGAGUCUACAAAGACGGCCACGUCGAACGAUCUCAGUUCGUGCCGUGUGUGGAUCCCUCACUACCCCUCGAGCUUGGUGUGGCUUGCUCUGAUGUUCACAUAGACAAGUUGACAAACGUAUGGGCACGUCUCUAUGUCCCAACGGUGACCAACUCUACGUCGGUCUCUAAGCUCCCUUUGAUUGUCUACUUCCACGGUGGAGGUUUCUGCGCCGGCUCGGCUUCUUGGUCGUGUUACCACCAGUUCUUGGGCCGAUUGUCUGCUAAGUCACGGUGUCUGGUCAUGCAUGUAAACUACCGUUUAGCCCCUGAGAAUCCUCUUCCGGCAGCAUACGAAGAUGGAGUCAAUGCCAUUCUUUGGCUUAAGAAAACAAGAAACGAUAACUUGUGGUCUAAGCAAUGUGACUUUGGAAGUAUAUUCUUGGCGGGAGACAGCGCCGGAGGCAACAUCGCCAACCAUGUCGCCGGGAGAUUAGCAGCCGCUGACGCUCUUAUAAAGCCACUGAAGAUAGAAGGAACGAUCUUGAUCCAGCCUUUCUUCGGCGGGGAGGCGCGUACCGAGACCGAGAGGCGCGUGGAGAACAACACGGAGAGCUCAGUGCUGACACUUGCGUCUUCAGACACGUGGUGGAGACUGACAUUGCCACGUGAAGCAAACAGAGAGCAUCCGUAUUGUAAACCGGUGAAGAUCACGACGCGGACGCUGGUUUGUGUGGCGGAGAUGGAUGUGCUGAUGGAUAGGGCGAUGGAGAUGUGCGAUAGUGAUAAGAAAAUGAUCAGGUGUGUGGUGUACAAAGGCGUUGGACAUGCGUUUCAGGUUCUUGGUGAGUCUCAGCUUGCUAACACGUUGACUCUUCAAAUGUUGUGCGACAUCGAUGCUUUCAUCCACCACUCUGAACCUUUAAAUUAGUUGUGUAUGCGUAAAUUGUUUAUGGUAGCACUUCUAUAUUUGAAUCUUAGAUACUAAAAUUUUAUAGGAAUUAAGAUAACUUGAUAAUAACCUGCGUUCUGCAGGAUAAAGCAUAUAUUUGAUUUUAAAAUUACAGAAAAAACUAAAAUUUAAAUGUC